AGUAAAAAGUACAUCAAUGCCAAUUAUACAAAUGUUUUAUAGAAAUUUCUGUCCAAAUUCUGUUAAUAUUGAUUAUGAAAAAAAAAUAAUUUACGCGCCCAUGGAGUAAACGAUGUUACGAAGUAUUUUUAGCUUAAUACACCGCAUGAUAGAUUCAGAUAAGAAAUACAAUAAUACAAAAUCCAAAACUGUAAUAUAUUGCUGUUCGAACCUAAACAAAGAUAUAGGCAGAAUGGAUCUUGAAAUCGACGGUAAAAACCACAAAUCAAUGUUGAAUCUCGAACACAAAGAGAAAAUGCCGAUUGAGAAGGCUGAAAGUUCGUUUCAAAUUCAAACGGACCAAGGAGAUACGGUUACUUGUAAAUAUAAACUAGACGUCAACAUCCAGAUUAAAGAGCCUAAAACUGAGGAAAAUGAGAGCAGACGUGUUUCGUUUAUUAAAUCUGAGAGUCCCCAGGAGGAUACAAAGUCCGAAAUAUACACUCAGACGAAUGUACAGGAUUUAAUAAAGCAUUUUUCGAACAAAAGAGCGGAACACUUUCCAAAAGAUAAUGAUCAAAUAAUGUCACUCCUGGAACAAAUCCAAAAAAUGAAGACAGGCUUGCAAAGACUUCAAGAGAUCGCAAAACAGUUUAACUGUUCAGAAAAAUUCGGGGAAGACGUCAGUUUUUUGGUAAACCACGUCAAAAAAUCGCUGCUCUUCGAAAACAGUGACACAACCAAGAACGAAAACAUUGUACCGAAACCAUAAUAACCAUGUAUUUUUGUCUAUAUUUAUGAAUUCUUGUGCUAAUUUUUUAUCUCUGUAAAAUAUUGGAAAAUGUGGGACUUUUUUAAUAAAACGAAAUGGAAAAACUUGCUUUUCUAAACACAUUUCUUUUUUAAAAAGUUACACUAACUUUGCUUACAUCGUAUUGUACAAUUACAAAAAAGAACACAUUUUUUAACAAAUUUAAAAAAUAUAAACAAACGC